CUGCUGUACUCCUGCUAGUUGCAAGGCGCUCCAUACACUAAGACUGCAUACAUCGGACGAGAUGGAUCAAAUUUGCUGUGUCAUAUUAAGUUCUGUGGGAUAAGUUAACGCCUUAUAAAAUGGGCUACAGCAUCUUAGAUAUUAUUGUCCAUUGAAUUAUACAAGUUCCUCUUGCGAUCAGUAGUUUGCCUUCAGCGAAGGAAAAACGGAAGUCGACGGGCAGCAUAACCGGGCGAGGAGUAUGGCGGCAAGGCCAUCUCUUCUGGAUAAUUUGGGCGAGGAGGUUACGGGUAUCGUUGCGCCGGUGUCCCUCUGUAUGGCAGUGACCGUUCUGUUGGUCCGCCUUCUCAACCCAGAAGGCUCCUCCUCAUCGAGCUCGGUGCUAAUUGCCAACAUUGCAUAUCAAGAACAGGCAACGGACUCCUCGGGCAAGAAACUAGGAGGCGCCCUCCUAAAUGCCAUUAUUUUUGUGGCCGUUAUCGGGGGAAUGACGAUUCUACUAUUCCUUCUUUUCAAAUACAAAUGCUACAAGUUCAUUUACGCCUACAUGGGAUUCGCCGUCUUCAACAUCUUCUUCUUCCUGACGGGCGCGCUCUUCAUCCAGGUUAUGCAGGUCAUCAAGCUGCACAUUGAUGCCUUUUCGCUGGCGUACGGCCUCUUAAAUUUUUCGGUGGUUGGGACCAUGGGCUUGCUCUUCGUGCCCAUACCGCUGCUUAUGAAGCAGUUGUACCUGAUCUGGGUGGGCAUCAUCGUGGCGUAUAUCUUCACGUGGAUCCCGGAGUGGACUGCCUGGGUCAUUCUCGUCCUCAUGGCGCUGUACGACAUUGCUGCCGUACUCAUCCCCGGCGGGCCCCUCAAGGCCCUGGUGGAGAUGGCCAUUGAGCGGAAGCAGGACCUGCCGGCGCUCGUGUACGAGGCGCGUCCAGCGGGGGGCAGGCCGUACGUCCGGGGGCAGAGGCGGGUGCUGCGCCGUGGGCGCUGCUGCCCGUGGAGGAGCCGCCGCAGGUGGGCGAGCUCCCUGAGUGACUCACUCUUAACGGGUCAAGAGAGGAGGAGGGAUCCUCUGCCCAUUGCUGUCCGGAGACGGGGUGGCAGGGACACGCACACACACAUACACGCGUUCGAGGUGGACCUGCCGGAUGCGAUCAAGCUGGGGCUGGGCGACUUCAUCUUCUACUCCAUGCUCGUCGGCCGAGCGGCGAUGUACGACUUCAUGACCGUGUUCUCUGCCUACCUGGCCAUCAUUGCGGGUCUGGGUUUGACUCUGCUGUGUCUGGCCAUCUACCAGAAGGCCCUGCCCGCCCUGCCCUUCUCCAUCGCCCUGGGAGUGGCAUUUUACUUCCUCACCCGCCUCACACUGGAACCGUUCCUGGUGCCCAUGUCGACUCACCUCACGUAUUUCUGA